AUGUUGUACAGGAAAUUCUCGUUAGCGGGUAGGAGGAACGGCAUUCCACUUCCACCUGGACCUCCCCCCUGUUGGUUCUGGAGCAACGCUCUGCCUGCUGUCAACAUCGCUCAUGCGCUAACCGACUUGGUUCGAGAGUAUGGACCAGUGGUAUCGUUCCGACAAGGUAGCCAAGUAAUAAUUGUUAUCGGCAGCGUUGAGGCAGCCAUGGAUAUCAUGGAGAAAGAAGGUGGAUCACUGGUAGAUCGUCCUCGGUCUAUCGCCGCGGGCGAGAUGCUCUCAAGGGGGAUGCGUCUUCUCAUGGCUCGUUCGGGAGAUCGCUUCCGGCGCCUGCGAAAAGUGAUACAUACCCAUCUCCAACCGAAGGCGGCAGAGACAUACCAAGAUAUGCAGCGCGAGAAUGCGAAGAAUUUUAUAUUGGAUAUCCUGAAUGACCCAAAUAACCACCGGGAGCACACAGAACGGUAUGCCAUAUCAGUCAUUCUUCGGGUAACUUAUGGGAAGUCUGCGCCGACUGCCAACACCGAUCCUGAAGUGAUCCAUAUCCACAAAAUCCUCGAACAUUUCCAGGUCGCGAUGCGCCCAGGAGCUUAUCUCGUUGAUCGUGUGCCUUUUUUGCGCUACUUGCCUGGUUACGGAAAACAACUUACCGAGUGGCAUCAUGAUGAACUACAGCUAUACAGACAACAACUGGGGCGCGUCAAGAGUGAAGCGGACCAAAAUAAAGGGGGCCCCUCUUUUGCAAAGAUGCUCUUGGAACACGUCGAAGACCACCAACUCUCUACAGAUGAGAUGUCUUAUCUUGCCGGAUCGCUCUUUGGAGCGGGAUCUGAUACGGCAAUUCAGACCGCUGUUGGAAUUACCGCUGCUAUCAUGGCUGCGGCGUGCCACCCACUGGCUCAGGCGAAGGUGCAUGAAGAACUCGAUAUGGUCAUCGGGUCAGACAGAGCACCGGCAUUUAAAGACUCAAGCUCGCUUCCUCAGUUGCACGCGUUCUUGUUGGAAGCUUUGAGAUGGAGACCUGUCGUUCUUCCCUGGACGACGCUGACAUGCGCCUCAGGAUUUCCCCACCGUGCAACUAAGGAUAUCGUUUGGCAAGGAUAUUCCAUUCCCGAGGGUGCAACAGUCUAUGGGUGCCAUUGGGCUAUUUCUCGUGACCCUAUUGUCUUCCCGGAUCCUGAGACUUUCAAUCCCCAGCGCUGGCUUGAUUCAGAAGGCCGUCUGAAGGACAAUAUGAAGUUUAUCGUCUAUGGCUUUGGUAGACGUGUAUGUCCCGGCCUGCACCUCGCAAAUCAGUCAAUGUUCAUCAACCUCGCACUUCUCUUCUGGUCUUUCCGCAUUGCUCAACGACCUGACGCUCCGAUCAACACGCAUGCCUUCAGUGACGAUGUUAUUUCUCAUGCAAAGCCAUUUGAAAUCGAUGUUAUUCCGAGGAUUGAAGUGGCGAAUUUGAGAGAGAUGAUGACGGAUGGGUGUAUGGGUUGA